UCAGAAUGAAUCGAUCCCAAAAUAAUCGAGCAGUGCAACAAACUUUGAUGGAAACGCUGCUGAAAACCUUAUGCAAACUUUAAUAUGAAGUAAAAGAUUGUGCUGCCUAAGCAGUAUGGAUAUCAGUGAGGGGGAUGUUCAGCACAGCGAGGAGCAGCUGAAGAACACACUACACAGUGAUGACAAGGAGAAGCUUCGUAGGAGGUUGGCACAGUUACAAAAGGAGUAUCUCAAGACAGCUCAGAGGCUGCAGAGGGCUGAACGGUUGGAAGCUGUGCAGAGGCAUGUCAGGAGUAGGAUUUCACAGCAGAGACAUCAGGAGCAGACAGAAGCAGAGGUCACGUCAAACUCUUCCUCAUCGAUAAAAAACAAUAACAAUGUGAUGGUCCAAGGUUUACUUCAACGUCAGCACACCGAAAGUCCAGCAGAUACAUUUGAUACAUCUAGGAGGAGCCAGGUGAUCAGAUUUAGACUCCCCGUCGAUGCUGCUAGUCCACAAACCCCAGAUCCUGGCAGCGAUACCGCUGCAGGUCACAGACCCAGUUCCACCCUGCRCCUGCGCUCACGACGCAGCCGCCUUCGCCUGGAGAGGAGGAGAGCCGAGGCUUGCAGCAGCACAGACGGCAACCCGCAAGAGCAAGUGGGAAGGAUGGAGAAUGCUGAAACGGUUGUGGAAAAAGGUGGACGAGUUGAGUCAAAGUGGGGAGAURAAGUGAACAGAAGUGAAGAACUGUUUCCUGCUACAGAGUCUGAGUCUCCCUCUCUGCUGCUAACACACUGCACACAAGGACCCACUGGACRUGGAGAUUUAUUGGGAAAGGAGAAUCAAACAGACCAGGGACAACAAGAGAAGGAGGCUGAUCUAACUGUUGUUUUCUCUUCAGGGGUAACUGAAGAGGAGAGAGUUGGUUGUAAAGAAAUUGAAGAAAAGGGGGUAUUUAAAGGGGACGUUGUAGAAAACGGUGAGAAAAGCAUAGCUAAAAUAAUAAAAAGUGAGGAAAAUUUGGUUAAGAUGAACGAAGAAAAGAAUGGGAUUACAAGAGAAGGAAAAGCUGAAGGCCUCCUAGACUCCUGUACAAUUGUAGAUGGACUACUUUUUCCAGCAGAGUACUAUGUUCGAACCACAAGACGAAUGACGCUGUCACAGAGUCAGCCCGACAUGCAGGCCGUCAUACUGUCCCAGCUGAGCACGGGACAGCGUCGCAGGAGUCGAGGUCGCGGCAGAGGACGAAACAGGGACUCGCUCAGCCGGGACAGUUCUGCUCAGCGCACUCAGAUAGGAUUCUCCUCUCCGAUGACUCCCUCCACCUUUUCAGAUCCUCUUAACUCGCCCCGUGUGUGGGCUGCUGACGCUUCUGCAGUUUGUAGUCAGAGCUCCGGUCUCAUUCCAAAUCCCGUCAAAGCUGCCCAGUUGGACUCAGAAACUUAUGAUUCACCACCAGUCACUCAUCCUCCAAGAGGAAGGGGGAGGAGGAGAGGUAGAGGCAGGGGUCGACCUCGGGCGUCAGAAGGUCCACAACCUGUUCAUGAAGCUGAUGGAGCGAACACCUGCCUCAGUCCGGUGGAGUUUGACUCUGAGUCAGGUGCAACCCAGCCUUCAUYCGACCACAACUCUUCAUCCGAGCUUAAUGGAGCUGUUGAACAUCUGGAGAAGGUCUAUCCCAGAGGAACAUCAAGCUGGCAAUCUCUCCUCCUGCCAUCCUCAUCUUCCCCAGCUCAAACGUCUCAUCUUCCUACCCCGUCCCUGUUUCCCGUCGCGCUCAUCAGCAGCCUGAGAAGCUUAGACGUCCAUCAAGACUUUCACCUCCCAGACGAUCAGUUCGCCUCCAUGAAGCUGCUUAAACUUUGCGAGGUCGCUGUGGAGUCGGGAGUCAAAGGUUUCUCGACACCGCCACGCAACGCUCGCAGCAGCGUCGACGACCCCGCGACGCUUCUUCCUCUCCCGCUCAGCUUCACACCAACGAUUCCGGACCCGCCCUGCCCCGAUGACAAAGACCAGCAAAGACAUCUGCAGGACUCGUCAACAGAACUCAACCUGACAGAUGAGUCGGUUGGCGGGGACUCGCCUAGGAAGGUGCCUGACAAUAAUAAUCCAGAAUCUAAAGUGGAGCGACAGCAGCUCCACGCAGAGACAGAAGACCACGGGGUCUGUGGACAGACGAAGCACAAAGCCGUGACCCCUUACGUUCAAAACCUUAGCUGCACAUCCAUCAGCAGCACACACAGACCUAAUAGCUGUAACUCUGUGGCUGCACCACAGCUCAAAGGGAAUGAAACUGUCGCUGCACAUUCAGGUGAGUUUAAAGAGCAGCCAGCUGCUGAAAAACAAACCCAGCUUUGUGGAUUGUCCAGUUCUUUAGUUGACCAGACAACCAGAAACCAAGGAGAAAGCAGAGCUGCCACCAAGACUCUAUUAYCUGAUCACUGUCAAAAUGAAUCUCAAGAGAAGCCUUCAGACAUCACCUCUUUACAAGCAUGUAAUAAAACCAAAGCAGCACAAGAGUUGCCCAACAGUGGCCGAUGCUCUUUAGCAGAACCGUCUGAACCCAACACAAACCUUUCCAAAGACAGACUGAUUCAUAAUAAGACCCGGUGUGGAUCUUGUGGCUCUCAGCUUGUGUUGAACUCUCCUCCUGCUUCGGUGGACUGCUCGUUUAUAACUCCUCGUCCGCCCUCCCCCACCGCAGCUUCCAGCCCGCUGCUGCCCUCCUUAGGAGUCACUCCUCUGACACUCUCCCCUGCUGCCCCGCCCCUCAACCUCCCUCCUCCUCACAGUCCGUCCAUACAGACUCUGUCUCCGUACCCAUCCACCCCCCGCCUGCCUCCCUUCUCCCCAGGCUGCCACACUCAGGCUUCAUUCGAGCCGGCUGUGAGCGACCAGUGUCACAAAGUCCAACCUGCUGCAUGUCCAAAUCUGUCGGGAGACUCAUCUGGGCCUGACAUACAGGCGGCAGAGGAAACCACAGACCGGUGCAUUGUGAGACACACCCACACACUAAAGGCUGCAGCAGGAGGCUCUCUGGUGGAUGCAUGCUGUCUUUCUGGAUCAUCAGGAGGAUUGUUUGUAGCAGCAGCAGGAACCUGGGCUGUGUGCCUUUGGAGUCAGACUUCAGCUUCUGGCUGGAGCUUAAAGCACACCUGGACUUUCAAAGAGCCUGUGAUCAAUGUGUUUCCUGUCCCAGAYGCUGCAGACCUCAUGUGUGUGACUCUUGGUCAGCUGGAAAUCAGAGAAGUGAGAACGCUGUCGUGCCUCAGCCUCACUGAGAUGCUGCUAUGUGAGGGGGUCAUGCARGUAGUUGUAGGUUUGUACAAGUCCCGAGUGGUCACCUCCUCCCACUCAGCAACAGGCUCCACCCUGCAGGUGUUCACACUGUCAGACGGCAGCAGCUGUUUAAGUCGUCAGCCUCUCGUGUCUCCCGGUGUUUGUGUCGGCGCCCUCGCUCCUGUGGACGAGCUUCCUGACGCUCUAAUUGGUAUGGAUGAAGGCGGACGCCUCUUCAUCUGGAAUUUAAAUACUGGACAGCUGCUGUGCACAGUCCUGCUGGGCCACGGUUUAUCAAACAUGGCCUGUCUCCGAGGUUACUCUCACUGUGGAGUUUUGUUGGUCCUGCUGCAACACCAGUUUCUAAGCUCCUUGGAUGAAGAAGAAAAAAAAGAUCAAAUCAAAGAUCAGAUGUUUUCAGAGGAGACGAACACGGCCUUGUUCUCUUUAGUCGGCAUAAACCCUCUGAGUGGAAAAUCCGUCCUGGGUGCUCGACUCUAUCCACCCGAAGCCUGGUCUGGCAGGCUGUGUGAGGCAGACGUUCAUCACUCCAGCGUGGUGGGCCUGAGCCAGAGCGGGUGUGUGUGUGUGUGGGAGCUGGGAAAACCAACGUCCCGUCAGGUGGAGGCUCCAGAGGAUGAAGACUGGCAGCUGGCUCGAUGGGCAGGAGAACACACACUGCUGAUUGGACAUCACAGCGGAGAUGUUUCUUUACUCCACUACUGAAGACAUUUUCCAUCAGAAGUCCUUUUGUUGCUGCGUGGAAGAGAUACUAAAAUACAUCAACAAAUGAGGCUGUUCAGGAAAAUCUAAAGUUCACUUUCUUGCUGUGGUUUUUCUCUCUUUGAUGUUUUUAAAGACAAAAUUCAGGAGCAGGAUAUUCCUGUCUGCUGUAAUUCAAAAUCCAAGAUAAUUCAAUACUAAAAACUACACAUCCCACAAAUCUUAGAUGUCCAAAAACAUAAGCUAAAAAAUAUGAAGCUGCUCAAUUUGAUUUGAUUUUAAUUGCACAUAGCCACACUGUACCAGCUUUACUUUUUAGAUGACUGCAUUCCAGUUUCUUUUAAAACUGCUGCUGUUUUAAUUUUUCAUAUUGUAAAUCCAUGUUAUGUUCAAAGGAGAAAAGUAUUACCAAAUGUAAUAAAAUUUCUAUUCAAUGUG